GCUUGAAACUAGGAAAGAGGUAUCAUACCUUCUCUGCGCGAAGGAUUCAAAAGUUUCUUUAAUGCGAUUUAAAUAUGACGGGAUCUCUGUCGAUCUUUCAUACGCACAACUUAAAGUCAUGUCAGUGCCUGAUAAUCCUGCAGAAUAUGGAUGUUCUCAAUCCAUUCAUCUUAGAAAACAUUGAUGAAACUAGCUGGAAAUGCUUGUCUGGAGUACGUGCGAACAUGCAAAUUCUUCAACUUGUUCCAAACUUAGAGAAGUUCCAGUUAGUGUUGCGGUGCCUUAAAUUAUGGGCGAGAAGGCUAAGGAGUAUACUGCAACGUAUGGGAAACUUUCAUUUCCUUUAAAGUUUAACUUUUAUUUUGAGCAGUCUGUUUUCU